AUGUCUUCGAACGAAACACUGAUUCCGUCAGUCGCAACCAAUAUCAACGACAAAUCUCAACCUGGAAUACAGCAUGAUUCCUCACCUUUUUCGAUGACCAAAUUUCCCAACAUCGCCUCACAAAGCAUUGGGACCAAACAACAAGAUAUCAGAAUCGAGAACCUGGUGGGUUUUGCGCAAGUCCCGCUUGGGCUCGCGGGUCCCUUGACCAUCCGUGGCGAGAGACAGGACAACAAAGUAUACGCGCCACUUGCGACCGUCGAGCCGACAUUGGUUGCAAGUUGUUCUCGUGGCUGCAAAGCUUUCGAAGUCGGAGGAGGUAUCCAAGCCGUCGAUCUUUCCGAAGGCAUGUCCCGAGCUCCUGUGUUUCGGUUUUCGAGUCCUAUCGAUGCUGUCUCUUUCUAUCGCCUCUUGCCCACAAUGGAGGAGGAAUUGAGGAGGUCCGCCGAAUCCACAAGCAGAUUCGCCAAGCUGCAACGGGUUGUCCCUCACCUCUUUGGCAAAGACGUCCACGUCAGGUUCGUGUAUAGUUGUGGAGAUGCAUCUGGCCAAAACAUGUCGAUCAUUACCACGCACAAGGCCUGCCAGAAGUUGUUGGAGACUCGAGGAGCCGCACUCAAGAUCAAGGACUUUCAGCUCGAAGGACAGUUGGCCAGUGACAAGAAACUCUCUUACAUCCAUCUUUACGAGCCACGUGGUGUACAGGUUUUUGCUUGGGGCGUCUUGUCUGAUGUCACUUGCAGAUCUGUACUUGGAAGCUCAGCUACUCGGAUCCACGAUGCCAUCAUGGUCGCUCAACAAGGCGCCAUCCGCGCCGGCAUGAUCGGACACAACAUCAAUGUCGUCAAUGUCCUCACCGCCAUGUUCAUUGCUUGCGGUCAGGACGCAGCCAGUGUCUUGGAAUCAGGGUGGGCUCAACUGAACUCCGAAUUUGACGCCAGGAAACAGGAACUGACGCUCAGUCUGUUCAUCCCUUCUNUGCUCAUCGGCACAGUCGGUGGUGGAACCAUGUACAGUACUCAGAGAGAAGCCUUGGAGAUGGUCAAGUGUGUUGGUCAAGGCAAGAAGUGGGCGCUUGCGGAGACGAUGGCGGCUUUUGCGUUGGCGCUCGAUAUCAGUACUAUCAGUGCUAUGGCGGAUGAUACUUUUGCAAAGAGUCAUGAGCGGUUAGCAAGGUCAAGCAAGAUUUGA